GAGCCAGUCGACAGCCUGCAGCCAGCCUGUCUGGGCUGCUCCCGAUGCGCCGCAGGGAAAUCAAAGCGCGGUGGCAAUCCUUCCCGAUGAUCUCGGCAGUCCCUUUUCUGGGGGGAGGGCGGCUGGUGAGCGUGUGAACCCCCCCCCUUCCCUCCCCCAGCCCCACAUUUCGGGUGGCUUUGGCCGAGCCUGGAGAAUGGGGUUCGAGCUGGAUCGCUUCAGCGGGGAGGUGGAUCCCGACUUCAAGUGCAACCUGUGCAACAAAGUUCUGGAGGACCCGCUGACCACCCCGUGCGGCCAUGUGUUCUGCGCGGGCUGCGUGCUGCCCUGGGUGGUGCAGCAGGGCAGCUGCCCGGUACAGUGCCAGCGCAUCUCCACCAAGGAGCUCAACCACGUCCUGCCGCUCAAGAGCCUCAUCCUCAAGCUGGACAUCAAGUGCGAGCACCACGCCCGGGGCUGCGAGCAGGUAGUGAAGCUGCAGCAGCUGGGCGCCCACGCCGAGCACUGCGACUACUCGCCGGCCCGCUGCCGCCACCCGGGGUGCGGCGAGGUGCUGAACCGCCGCGACGUGGACGCGCACAUGCGGGAGAGCUGCGAGGCCAGGCCGGUGGGCAUCUGCGAGCAGGGCUGCGGCUUGGUGCUGACCCACCGGGAGCACCGCGCCGGCGGCCACUGCUGCUUGGAAGCCCUGCAGGGCCACAACCGCUGCCUGCAGGCGAAGGUCGGCGGGCUGGAGAAGGAGUUGAAGAAGGAGGCGCUGCGGGCCGGCAAGCGGGAGAAGUCGCUGCUGGCCCAGCUCUCGGCCGUGCAGCUGGAGCUGCAGAUGACAGCGCUGCGCUACCAGAAGAAGUUCACCGAGUACAGCGCCCGCCUGGACUCGCUCAGCCGCAGCCUGGCCGCGCCGCCCUGCAAGGGUGAAGAGACUAAAGCACUGACUCUUGUCCUUCAUCGCGACUCUGGCUCUCUUGGAUUUAAUAUUAUUGGUGGCCGGCCAUGUGUGGACAAUCAAGAUGGCUCAUCUAGUGAAGGAAUUUUUAUAUCGAAAAUAAUUGACAGUGGGCCUGCUGCCAAAGAAGGAGGGCUGCAGAUUCACGACAGGAUUAUUGAGGUAAAUGGAAAAGAUUUAUCUAAAGCAACACAUGACCAGGCAGUGGAAGCAUUCAAAACAGCCAAAGAGCCCAUCGUUGUGCAGGUCCUGAGGAGAACUCCACGCACUAAGAUCUUCAGUCCUUCACAUGAGUCUCAUCUGGUAGAUAUGGGCACCCAGACCGAUAUAACCUUUGAACACAUCAUGGCUCUAACCAAGAUGGGAUCCCCUCCUCCACCAGUCUCAGUACUAGAUCCAUACCUCUUACCUGAGGAUCAUUCAUCGGUGCAUGAAUACUAUGACCCGAAUGACUACAUGGGAGGCAUUCAUCAAGAAAUGGACAGAGACGAGUUAGAAUUAGAGGAAGUGGACUUGCAUAGAGUGAACAGCCAGGACAAGCUCGGCCUUACUGUAUGUUAUCGAACUGAUGAUGAAGAUGACAUUGGUAUUUAUGUUAGCGAGAUUGAUCCCAACAGCAUUGCUGCGAAAGAUGGUCGCCUGCGGGAGGGAGAUCGCAUUAUUCAAAUUAAUGGCAUAGAGGUACAGAACCGAGAAGAAGCUGUGGCACUUCUAACCAGUGAAGAGAGCAAGAAUGUCUCCUUACUUGUAGCAAGACCAGAAAUCCAGCUGGAUGAAGGAUGGAUGGAUGAUGACAGAAAUGAUUUUCUGGAUGACUUACACAUGGACAUGCUAGAGGAACAGCACCACCAGGCAAUGCAGUUUACUGCCAGCAUGCUUCAGCAGAAGAAGCACGAAGAAGAUGGAGGCACCACAGACACUGCCACUAUCUUAUCGAACCAGCACGAGAAGGACAGCGGUGUGGGACGCACAGAUGAGAGCACGCGAAACGAUGAAAGCUCAGAGCAGGAGAAUAACGCCGAUGAUCACACCACUUCCUCUAACACUUUAGGAAGCCAGAAGAAGCUGGUGUACAGUCAUGACACUCUAGGAAGUGGUGACAUGCAGUUCAGCAAUGAGUCAUUUAUCUCAGCCGACUGCACAGACACAGACUUCCUCAGCAUCCCGGUGGAUGAAUGUGAGAGAUUCCGUGAACUGCUGGAGCUGAAGUGCCAAGUCAAGUCUGCCAACCCAUACAGUCUGUAUUAUCAUAACAGUGCCCUGGAUAUAAGUAAGAGUGACCACGAAAGCGUUGACAGGGAGCUGGAGAUGCUGAACGAGGAGCUGCGGAAUAUUGAGCUGGAGUGUCUGAAUAUCGUGAGAGCUCAUAAAAUGCAACAGCUGAAGGAUCAAUACCGGGAGCCUUGGAUGCUCCAUAACAGCGGAUUCCGUAACUACAACACAAGCAUCGAUGCGCGCAGGCACGAGCUCUCAGACAUUACAGAGCUCCCUGAGAAAUCUGACAAGGACAGCUCGAGUGCGUAUAAUACAGGCGAGAGCUGUCGCAGCACACCGCUCACGCUGCAGAUUUCCCCUGACAAUUCACUGCGCAGAACUGCAGAAGGCAGCAGUUGUCAAGGUAAUGAGGGGGCAGAGGCAUACAAUGUCUCCCAGAAGAAUUUGCUACCUAGCUCAGAAAGUCACGAAUCCGGCUCUGCUAAAUAUCUCUCGUCACCUAAAGAUCCAGACCUUGGCAAGCAACUGGAAAGCAAAGAACGAAAAGCCAGUGAUGGAAGCAAAAGCCCAGCUCAGAAACUGGCUGGCUCCUACAUCUCUCCAUAUCAUCACUCUCCCUAUAAACACGCUCAUAUCCCAGCCCACGCUCAGCACUAUCAGAGCUACAUGCAGCUGAUUCAACAGAAAUCAGCCGUGGAAUAUGCACAGAGCCAAAUGAGCCUAGUGAGCAUGUGCAAAGACUUUAAUUCUUCAAGCCAAAGUGAACCCAGGAUGGAAUGGAAAGUCAAGGUCAGGAGUGAUGGAACCCGCUACAUCACAAAGAGGCCAGUCAGGGACAGGCUGCUGAGAGAACGUGCCAUAAAGAUUAAGGAAGAGCGCAGUGGUAUGACGACAGAUGACGACGCUAUAAGCGAGAUGAAGAUGGGCCGCUAUUGGAGCAAGGAGGAACGGAAGCAGCAUUUGGUGAAAGCGAAGGAGCAGAAGAGGCGGCGUGAGUUUAUGAUGCAGAGCAGGUUAGAUUGUUUAAAGGAACAGCAAGGUGCAGACGAAAAGAAAGAGAUGAACAUCAUUGAACUGAGCCACAAAAAAAUGAUGAAGAAAAGGAAUAAAAAAAUCUUUGAUAAUUGGAUGACAAUCCAAGAACUCUUAACCCAUGGCACAAAGUCCCCCGAUGGCACAAGAGUGUACAAUUCCUUCCUGUCAGUGACUACUGUAUAAUCACCAUUGCUGAAUUAUGUACAUAAAACACUACCAUUGGGGUAGAAAUCCCUGCCUCGUUCAAUGUGGCAAGUUUUUUUGUAUAUAAGAUACAGUCAUCAACUUUAUAAUUAAAGUACUGAAUUCUACAACUUUGGGUGCCAACAUUCUUUAUUGGAAAGUGGAGACAGAACCCGCCCAUCCCUUUUGAAGGCAAUAUUAAUGCAACUUUUUGGAAUACUGAUUGUACUUUUUUACUCAUUACCUUUUACAUCAAGUGUUUAAAUAUCAGAAAACAUAUUAACCAUACUUAAGCAGAUAAUUUGUUUAAACUGUAUUCAUAUAAAAGGUUACACAUGCUUUUCUUUGCCUAAAAACACAAAAGCAACUGCAAAUAUGUAUUUUUAUGAAAGCAUAUUUUGUGAUAUUACUUUGCUGUUGUGCACUUCUGCACACACUGCUGUUUAUCAAUAUUUAGCUCAAGGUUAAUCGCAAAAGUAUUGAACUCCUGAUAGAGUCAUUCUCCUGUAAUAUUUAACAUUUAUCAAACCAGCAGGCUUUAGAGUUAUGAUCAGCAUUUAAACAUUUUUCUUUUUAAAGGUAUCUAAAGGAAAUAUAUAGGUUUCAGCUGAAAGGCCUGAGGCAAAAUACACUACACUGCAGCUUUAAAGGAUUUUAAAGCAUGUUUGCAAGUGUUGCAACCUGUUGAAAGAAUGUGCAUGUACAGCUAAGUUGUUUACACAAAACAGUUUGUGUAAUUUGAAAUGCCCAUUGUAGUAACUGUUUGCUUUGUAGAUUUGAAUGUACUGAAUUAUAAAAGCAGUUUCAUGAAAUCAUUAGUUACAAACAUUAACAAGUAAAUAAAUUAUUGUUUUAUAUUUCA